UCUCCACCCAGACACCAGUUCCUCUUCCCGCUGCUGAGUCGCUGGUGCAGAGCCAGAGGAACGCCAGGGACCCCAGAAGCGCCGCGGAGGGUGCUAGCCGCUGCACCCGGUAUCCAGGUCCGCCAGGACGCAGCCCCUGCUGCUGUGGCUUUUGCAGCAUCGCCGAGGCAAAAGCGUGGCAGUGGGACCCAAAAGGUGGCUUGGAUGGGGGGCGCCCUGGCCUGGACGCUGCUGCUGCCGCUGCUGCUGCCGGAGUCGGACGGCUGGGACCUGUCGUGCGCCGUCUCCCCCGCGGAUGUGGACUGGAGCGCGGAGUUCAGGGACACGUGCCUGAACUUCAGCGGCCUCAACCUGAGCCUGCCCCAGAACCAGUCCCUGCGGGCGCCCGAGGUGCGUCUCCUGGACCUGUCUGCGAACAGGCUGAGCGAGCUCCCGGCGACCUUCUUCUCCGGCCUGCAGAGGCUUCAGCUCCUGAACGUGCUGCAAAACCCCCUGUCCCGGGUGGACGGGGCGCUGGCCGCGCGCUGUGACCUGGACCUGCGGGCCGACUGCCGCUGCGCCCUGGCCUCCUGGCACCAGGUCCGGAGAGACAACUGCUCUGGCCAGACGCCCCUGCUCUGCUGGGACACCGCCGCCGGCUCCCAGCGCAACCUCUCUGCCUUCCUGGAGGUCAGCUGCGCCCCCGGCCUGGCCCCUGCGACCAUCGCGGCGGCGGCGGCCAGCGGGUGCCUGCUGCUCGGAAUUGCCAUCGCCGGCCCCUUGCUGGCCUGGAGACUCUGGCGGCGCCGCGUGGCCAGAAGCCCGGACGCGGGCAAGCCCUGGGCUGCUCAGGAUGGGCCCAAGCCCGGUUCAGGCUUGCAGCCACGGUACAGCAGCCGGAACUCCCGCAAGUCCCAGGUGGUCACCCCACCCCGCCCCUCCACUCCCGACUAUGAGAACAUGUUUGUGGGCCAGCCAGGAGCCGAGCACCAGUGGGCCAGACAGGGGGCUCACCCUUCAGAGGACAGUGACUUUUACAUGAACUACGAGGACAUCAACCUGGCCUCCCAGCCUGUCUACUGCAACCUGCAGUCACUGGGCCGGGCCCCAGUCGAUGACGAGGAGUCCGCUGGAGAAACUGAGGCCCGGGAGAGGAGGAUCUUCCCAAGGUCACCUUCCCUUAUCCUGGACACCACAGGGAACGGUUCAGACAGCUUUAUCACCAGAGUUUUAAAUAAAUACACAGUGCCAUCAGACCAGCCCCCCCAGUUCCCAGGAAUAUCACCCCAAUAAAUUAAUAAUAAAUAACAGACUUAUAUAAAUACAGCUGUUUGGGCGGGAAUCGGGUGUCCCAGGACCCUCGAGCCCAUUCCACCGGCCGGGACCACCGAGGCCGCGCCCCCCGCAGCGGCCCGGUGGCGGACCAGGGCUGCUCAUGCGCAGUGGCAGUCUUUGGCUAAGAGGUCGUCGUAGGUCUGGAGCGACACCCCGCUGUCCGUCUUCUGCAGGAGCACCAUGGGACUGUAGCUGGCGGGCACGCAGCAGGGCGCCGGCACCGCGUCGGGCUUCAGGCGGUGCAGGCUCGUCUUGAUCUGCGCGUGCAUGUUGGCCGCCCGGAACUGGCUCGGGCACGCGCCGAUGCACAUGCUCACUUGCACCUCCCGCGGCGACAGCACCCAAUCGGCCCAGCCCAGGUCUUCCAGCGACGCGCGGACCGUGUGCAGGCGGCAG